AUGGCAGUGUUCUUCGAUCUUGACGACGACGAUUGCUCAACCAGCGAUCGAUCGCGCUUUGACACGGACAAGUCAUCCCAGCAAAAUCAGUUGAAACCUGCAACCAAUGGAGGCACGGGUCGAGUGAGCCGCGUUUCUGGCGUUGAUAGUGGACAAGUACCGUCAAUAACAGCCAGCAAACUGGCUGCUGCAGUGACAUGCUAUCCUAUUGCUCUCUCCCUGUCCUCUCAUCUGGAUCUCAAUGAUCUGGACGCCCUCGCGUCCACCUGUCGAAGUGUCCACAACGGCCUGACACAGUAUGCGCGUCAACUCAAGUCUGAGUCUCUGCGUUGCAUCCAUGACGGAAGACCAGUUCUAGCAGAAGCACUCCUGGCACAAAGAGAAAGAACACACACCGAAGAGUUCUAUGGGAGUACUACCCUGGCACAACGUCCUGAAAACUCACACCAUCCUGGGGGCCUCUAUGCUUCGAUGGGCGUUACAAGCAAGAUCAGCUCUUGUGCUCGAGAUUUGGUGGCCCCAUGUCGUCGAUGCGGAACAGUUGUAUGCCGUAACUGUGCCGCCAAAUCUCCCAGCACUGUGAGACUGAGGGACCGCUUUCGCCGCCUUUGCAAGACUUGUCUUGACGCCCCAAUCGAAGCGCAUCUGCAAGCCCUUAGCUCUGCUGACGAUACCAGCGAAAGUCAAUCAGUGUCCAGUGCGAGUUCGAUGAGGUCCGAGCGGUCAGCUUCCAGCUCAUCUACACCGGACACCUCUAUAGGUCUGGAGAAAAACGAAUUAGACACCUGCUCGCACCGGUCUUUUACUUCUUCAGCAUUUCUUCGGGGUCCCUGCACCUGCGAGACUCGUGGGGUGUUUUUAUGUGCACCAUGUGGGCAGAGUCUGCGGGCAGCUGACACGACUUACAAAAGGGUGUGGACCUGGCGUUCUCGGUACUCGACGCACAUUGGUGACGGGUUAGGAACAGGAUUGGGAUUGGGAAAUCAAGCUCAAAAAUGCGGCCGCGGAGAAGAUUGCCUCGAGAUGAGCGGGAAAGCUAUAUGUUGGGUGGAAAUCGAGUGUUCUGAGGGCAAGGCGCAUGACGCGUCCGAUCCGGAGAGGAACAGUCUCAGCCGAGUUGGCACACCAGAUUCGGCCUAUGGCAGUAACAAGCCUGGGUAUUUCCAGCAGGAGAUCGAGGGCAUAGGCGGAGUGGUCAAAAAGAAAGUAAAGAAGCGUGUCAAGGUAGGGGCUGGGGUUUGGGAGUGGGAAGACGAGAGAGAAAGUGGCAAAUAUCUGGAGAGGGAAGCCGAAGGGACGGCGCGCAGUUGGUGCGGUUGGUGCGGGCGGGUAUGUCCCUCCGAGCAGGACAGGAAUGAGUCUUGCAUGGACUUGACCAGCAUGGCAGUCUAG